AUGGUGAUUAAGCGAAAAGAAACUGUGGAGAUAACACCGGAUCCAUGGGAGACGAAGAAGAAGAGCAAGACCAAGAGGAGAAAGAAACUCACGAAGGAGGAGGAAAAAGAAGAAGAAGAAGACGAAGGGACACCUAUCAGAGCUAUAUUCUGUCUAAAAACAAAACAGGAUAUGAAGAUUUUCGAGGAGAAAGAGGAUUGCUUUAUCCUCGAUUUCGAUCCCAACGACUCAUUUGACGCACGGAAACACUCCUUCUCCGAUAACCCUGAAAGCGAUGAUAACGAUGUUGCGGUCAUACACGAGAAAGGCCAGGUUGCUUGUAGGGAUUAUCCACAUCCGAGGCAUCUCUGCUCUAAAUUCCCAUUUGGAUCAACUCUGCACAAAACACAUUGUGAUAAGUGUUACUGUUAUGUCUGCGAUGUGGCGGCGCCUUGUGCUCAGUGGACGUAUUUAGGGCAUUGUGAGGCAUUAGAGAACGGAAGGUGGAAGCAUUUACGAGAUACACACCGGAAUCUUACUUCUCUCCGUCAAACCACCACCAAGUAA